UGGUAUUCAUAACUCUACAGCCGUAUGUAUUUCAUGGUUUGUUCUUGUAUGUUUCUUUUUGGUCAAUGAUGUCUUGUGAUGAUUUCCACUUCCAUUCUUUUCCCAUAAGAUAUUGUUGCUUUGUAAAAACCAUAUUCAUUGGUCAACGACUGUAUUAUUAAGGAUUUGGUAAAGUUUUUAUUUUUGGGAUCAAAGUUUAAGACUUUUUGUAGCUUUUUUAGAUUAAACUGCAAAAGAAAACAUGUGGAUUUUUGGAAGUAAAGGACCAUCAGGAUUCUCUUCUUCUUCUACAGCAGAGGAAGUUACUCAAGGGAUUGAUGGAUCUGCCCUCACUGCCAUUGUUACAGGAGCAUCCAGCGGUAUUGGUGAAGAGACGACCCGUGUCCUUGCAUUGCGCGGUGUCCACGUAGUUAUGGCCGUAAGGAAUGUGGAUGCCGGUCGGAAUGACAAAGAAGCAAUAUUAAAAGAAAUACCUGGUGCUAAGAUUGAUGUAAUGGCAUUAGAUCUAAGCUCAAUGGCAUCAAUAAGAAAAUUUGCAUCACAAUAUCAAUCCUCUAAUCUUCCCCUGAAUCUACUAAUCAACAACGCUGGGGUCGUAACACCGUUCAUGUUAUCACACGACGGCAUCGAAUUGCAUUUUGCAACCAACUAUUUAGGUCCUUUUCUUCUAACCGAUCUUCUAUUGGAGACUAUGAAAAAAACAGCACGCGAAAGCAACAUAGAAGGGAGGAUUGUCAAUGUAUCUUCGAUAGGUCAUCGGCUUACGUAUAGCGAGGGAAUCCGUUUCGAUAAAAUCAACGACGAAUCAGGAUACUACUCUUGGUAUGCUUAUGGACAAUCAAAGCUUGCUAACAUAUUACAUGCUAAGGAGCUUUCUAGGCGUCUAAAGGAAGAUGGGGUGGAGAUUACAGCAAAUUCACUUCAUCCCGGAGGAAUACUGACCAAUAUUUUGCGCCACGAUCAUUGCAUGAAUGGCUUUUGUCAUUUGAUUGGAAAAUAUUUCCUCAAAAGUAUUCCACAGGGAGCUGCCACUACAUGUUAUGUUGCAUUACACCCACAUGUUAAAGGUGUUAGUGGAGAAUUUUUCAAGGACAGCAACAUAAGUAACACAAGCUCUAUGGCUAAAGAUGUAGAUUUGGCUAAAAAACUAAGGGAUUUUAGCUUCACCUUGAUCAAUCCCAAGUAGGUUGGUUCACAAGGCCUUUUUCUGAGACGAUUUGCAUUAUGUCACUUUGAUAUAUGAAAUCAAAAUUGUAUGACUCAGCUUGAAUAUGUUCCAUGUUGUGUCGAAAAUAAUGUUAUAUUAAUCCCUAAAAAAAUAAAUACAUUUAUCUUUGGUA